AUGGGCUGGAGUCAGAGGUCGACAGGUCAUCGAUACGACAGCUUGAAUGGUUUUUGUACUCUUGUAGGAUAUGUGACUGAUAAGGUUCUUGAUUUUUGCACCAAAAAUAGAAAAUGUAGGACUUGUGAUAUUAAUACUAAGAAUGGAGUACAAACAGAGCACGACUGCAGACUGAAUCACUAUGGCACAGCAAAAUCUAUGGAGGCUGAAGGCGCAGUUCAGCUCAUAGCAAACAGUUCAAUUCUAAAAAAUGCUGGCGCUGAAAUAGGUGUUUAUAUUGGUGACAACGACAGUUCUGUAGAAUCUGCUCUUCAUGAAAAUUUAGACUAUACUAUUGUAAAGCAAUGUGAUAUCAACCAUUCGAAAAAGGGCGAUUUAAGAAAUUUGCCAAACCAUGUUUUUGAUAAUCAUGAUGAUUGUGGAGGUUUUUGUAAAUAUAGAGAAGACAAAGAAAACUAUGAUAAUACAAAUAGUGCAUGUAAAUUUGUACUCGCCGCCUCAUCUAAUACCAAUGAAAGUAUUAAUAAUACAAUGGCUAGCUACUGCCCUAAGGCAAAUUCUUAUUCUACAUCGGAAUCGGCGGAUUACAGAUUUGCAUGCGCUGUUGCCCAUAAAAAUUUAGGUGCGGAUUACGUUCUAAAAACUGGAGGCUUCUCUCCGCAAAAAGAUAUUCUUCAGAUAGCUAUGAAAAGCGAAACAAAAUUAUUAUCCGUUUAUCUCACACCAGUUAAGAAUAUCGAUCCAAAGUCAACUGCAGUGACAGGUUUAUCUAAAAACGGAAGACAACUAUUUUUGCAUGGUAAGCCACUUUCAACUUUUCCUCAUAAGCAAGCUGCAUUGAGAGUUCUGGAGUUUUUACAAAGUUUUG